GGAAAACAGCGACGACGUGCUCACAAUCGUGUGCUUCUUCCACGCAGGGCUGUUGCUGUACCAAAGAUGAAGCUGGCAUCAUUGUGUGCUGCAUCUGACAGGUAUAUUGGCACCCAGGGAGGAGGAAUGGACCAGGCCAUUGCAUUCCUUGCUGAACCAGAAACUGCUCAGCUCAUUGAGUUUAACCCACUGAGAACCACAAAGAUAACUCUACCCGAGGGAGCAACAUUUGUAGUUGCCAACAGCCUUGUGGAAAUGAACAAAGCGGCAACGUCGGAUAUCAACAUCCGUGUUGUGGAAUGCCUCAUCGCUGCACAGGUGAUUGCUAAAGCUCGGGGUCUAGAGCUGAGGAAGCAACUCAAGCUCGGAGAACUCCAGUCGUUGUUACAGGUUCCCUUGCACGAAAUAGGAACCUUGGCCAAGAACAUUUUGCAUGCAGCUGUCUACACAAGGGAUGAACUUUUUACACUCUUUGGCAUGGAUGACGCUCAUUUUGAGAAGUGCUUCCUUGGAAAGAACACAAAGCACCUGCAAGAGUUUGAGGGUGCAGUCACACCGGCAGUUGACAGAGGUCACAUGACUGAUCACGACUGGUGA